AAAUUUACCAGCCAGCAGUGUAUCAUCCACCUUCGACGAGGAGUCUGUGAAAGUGUCCUGCGCGAAGCUUCAUGCACGUGCUUUACCGGCAUAGUAGCCACGUGUUGUUGUGACGUACGAGAAAGCAUGGUGUCUUGUGCUGUGUGCGCAUAGGGUACCUUGGAGCAAGCAUUGGCAAGAUUUCUACCGUAGAGAUGGGACGUUUCAGUCUGUGUUAUCACCCUUCUGUGUUCCUACUCCUGUUGUCCUGGAUGGUUUCAUCUACCAAUGGGGGCGAUUCAUUUUUACUUCCAGCAUCAUUCGUGAUUGGAGGCAGUCCAACUGCAGUUACAGAAUAUGACCUUCUCCAGGCCGUCAAGAUCCCCUUCCCCGACCAAAAGAACCAGUACAUUGACGAUGACGGCCAUGAUGGAUUUCCAGCCUUCGGCUUCAGGACCGGGAGUGAUGUCAAGGUUGCCUUCCGACAGAUACUUCCGGAAAGGAUGCCGUCCGAGUUCGCCAUAUGGAUCAGCGCGAAACUGAAAUCCAGAAGAGGAGGAUUCCUUUUCGCCGUUAUGAAUCCCUACGAUACGGUGGUGCAGCUUGGUGUGAAAAUAUCCCCUGAGGGAUUCACGAACACCGUAAUAUCGCUCUUCUAUUCGAACGCCUCGUCUAUCAGCUCGCAGGCCAUCGCCAACUUCAGCCUGCCCAGAUUCCACGGCAAAUGGGCCAGAUUUGCAUUCCGGGUGUCCACGGAUAAUGUGACCCUCUUCUUCAAUUGCAACGAAGUACAAUCCGUCAGCGUCAAAAGGGAGCCUGCAGGGCUGCAAUUCGACUCCGCGUCGACCCUCUACAUCGCCCAGGCAGGACCGAAUCUCAGGGAGCCCUUCGAGGGGGCUUUGGAUCAACUGAAGAUACUUGUCGACCCAAAUAUGGCCUCUGAGCAGUGUAAAACAUACUUUAAGGGUUUUCAGUCUGAAGAAGAGUCAGAUAUCUACAACGAAAUUCAAGGUGUCGAGAGUUCUGAGUUCGAUUCGCCUCCGGGUAGCGGCGGUUAUCCGGAAGGCAGCGGGCACGAAGAAUUCGGCUUCAUUCCGCCACCUCCUCCGCCGCCAGAUGGUAAGAAUUGUAAUUAUGGCUGUGAGAAUUGUUGCAAUGAAAUUUUGUCUUCCAACAAUGCAGCCGGAUUAGGAUAUCGAGGGGAGAAAGGCGACAGGGGCCCGAGGGGCCCACCUGGAGAAUCAAUCCGGGGACCACCAGGACCUCCUGGAUUCCAAGGACCACCAGGACCAGAGGGUGUCUGCUCCUGCAAUAUCACUGGUCUCCUUAGCUCCUACGUAAAAGAAAACCAGAAGUAUACAAGCUUCGCGGAAACUAAGGAAGGACCGCAAGGUCUUCCUGGUUUGCCUGGAGCCAUGGGAGAGAGAGGCCCUAUUGGUCCUCCUGGUCAGAAAGGUGAAAGGGGAGACAGGGGGUCGCCCGGUGCUGACGGCCGGCCUGGUACCAAAGGAGAACCAGGCAGGGACGGACUCCCAGGUAUUGCAGGCCCCCCCGGGCCUCCUGGACCGCCUGGACCUAUCGAAUUCGAAAACGUCGAUGAAACGAACGUUGGCGGGGGAGGUCUGGUAAGACCAGGUGUGCCUGGAACCAAAGGUGAACCUGGAAUGCCUGGAUCCAGAGGUGAAAGAGGACCGAUCGGUCCUAAAGGUCACAAGGGUGAUAGUGGCAGCAAGGGUGAUAGAGGUGAUCGUGGGCUACCUGGUGAGAAAGGUCCGGUUGGCCCUAAGGGUGAUCGGGGUGAAAAUGGUCUGGAUGGACUGCCAGGAACAUCAGGAAAACCUGGCGAUAAAGGUGACAAGGGGGAACAGGGAAAACCUGGACCACCAGGUGUGCCAGGAAUCACAUUCAACACCGACGAUUCAAUAGGAAUCGCACCGGCUAUACCCGGUCCAAAGGGAGAACAGGGGGAAAAAGGAGACAGAGGUAGCAAGGGUGAUAGGGGAGAGGCCGGAUUCCCCGGAGUACCUGGAUCUAUGGGACCCGUAGGAAGGGUUGGCGAAAAGGGUGAUAGGGGUUCCGACGGCGCCAUGGGACCUGUCGGUGCGCCAGGUACCAAGGGUGACAAGGGAGAGAGGGGUCCACCUGGAGCUGUCAUCAUGCCCGAUGGAAAUGAAGAAGUUAUUACCUUAAAGGGAGAGAAAGGGGAUCCAGGCAGAAGGGGCAGGAGGGGCAAGCCUGGACCUCCCGGACCACCAGGAAAAUCUUCAUCGUCCGACAUUUGGACAGCCAAAGGAGAUAAGGGCGAUAAAGGAGAGAGAGGAAAUGACGGUAUUCCAGGCACAGACGGCAAGCCUGGACUCCCAGGACCUCCUGGACCAGCAGGUGGAGCUAAUGAAGAUAUAAUGCGCUACAUUCCUGGACCUCCUGGACCACCGGGACCACCUGGACCUCCAGGUGUGUCAGUACAAGGUCCCAAGGGUGAGCCUGGGUCUUCAUAUUAUGGCGAAACUACAUACAACCUGAGGCCAGGAUCCAGAUCUAGUUUGGAAGAGCUCAAAGCUCUCAGGGAACUGAAGGAUUUGAAAGAAUCAGGUCGAGCGACACCGAUUCCACCUUCAUCAAAGGAAGAUGAUCUUCCCAGGCAAAUUGUGCCUGGAGCCGUGUCUUUCCAAGACAGGGCUGCCAUGAUGAAAAUGACUUCCAUCAGUCCUGUGGGAACGAUAGCGUAUAUCAUUGAGGAGGAAGCGAUAUUAGUAAGGGUCAAUAAUGGCUGGCAAUACAUUGCGCUGGGAUCCCUAUUACCUGUGACCACCCCCGCACCGCCAACUACAAAUAACCCGCAUCUGCGGCCCCCUCUUGAAGUUAGCAACCUAAUAAAUAACAUCGCCAAACCUGCCGAUGUUUCCAAUUGGCAUCCAAGAAUGCUUAGAAUGGGUGCUCUUAAUGAACCAUAUACCGGUGACAUCCAUGGCGUUAGCGGUGCAGAUUACGCAUGUUACCGCGAAGCACGAAGGGCAGGUCUACGUGGUACCUUCAGAGCCUUCUUGUCAUCCAGGGUCCAGAAUGUAGACUCAAUUGUGAGACAGGCAGACCGAAGAUUACCAGUGUCCAACCUCCGAGGUGAGAUCCUUUUCAAUUCCUGGAGCGAGAUGUAUAAUGGAGAUGGUGCACCAUUCCCACACGCCCCCAGAAUAUAUUCCUUCAGCGGCAAGAACGUCCUUACAGAUUUAUCUUGGCCGCAUAAAGUUGUAUGGCAUGGCGCUCUGCUGAAUGGAGAAAGGGCCUUAGAUACAUCCUGCGACGCGUGGCAUUCGUCCUCGGAAGAUAAGGUUGGGUUGGCAGGAUCUCUGAAAGGCCCCAGGUUACUAGAACAAACUCCGUUCCCAUGUGACAAGCGUCUGAUUCUACUAUGCAUCGAGGCAACAACCGAACUUUUCGUGCAGAGAAAGCGGAGGGAUCUAGAUGAUAUCAGGUACUCAUAUCAAGAUGACAUGAUGAGCGAGGAAGAAUACCACAAAUAUCUCCAGUCGAUUCAGUGAAAAGAAUUUUCUGCUUGAAAAAGACUACAGAGAAGAAGCCAUCAACACGAAUUGAACAUAAGUUACCUUUCGUAAUGUUCCAUCCAAUAUUGUUUGUGUUACGUCGUGAUAUAUAUCCAGUGGACGAUAAGUGUAAAUUUUUAUUUAUAUUAUCCGAAUUAUCGCCAAGUUUGUAUACGUUACCUUUUUCAUUUUAAGGAGUUUGAGUUGGUGAUCAUUUUCGCUGAUUGAAUUCUCAUGUGAAAUUCCUCAGCAUCUAUUACAAUACCUGGAUGCGAAAAUUUCAUAAUAUAAUUUUAUAACCGAACCGUAGCAGAAAAGAUUACGAUUUCACUUCACAUAGUAUUCAGAUUUAUCAUACGUGUAUACCAGCUCAAGAUUGACUAACCCAAUUUUUAUUGUUAUUAGAUAGAAAGCCAGCAAUUAUAUCAGACCUUCAACCUAACAUACAAAACUUUUAUUUAAAAAUUCCUAUGACAAAGUAAGUCAACCAUAGUUGGAACAGAAACGAAUGCAUUUUAUUUUAUGAUGUGCUGAAGGGCUGAAAUAUUCUACUUUCGAACUGUAUAGGUAUGAAUUUACUGGUAUAUAUUCAGUGAAUUUUUUGUGAUGAAAAUGUUAAUUAACUUAGUGUUAAGUUGAAAGUAUGCAUCGGCUUUGAAUGGUUCUUCAAGUGAAUGUAUAGUAUUUGUAAUGCAUAUCAAUUAAAUUAUGUAGCUAUA